UUUCCACCAAUCAUUGAUGUGUAUUAAUCAGAAACAACCCCUUUAACAAUAUAUAAAAAGAAAGAAAACAGCGAAGUUAUGGGAAAAGAAGAGUUAAGAAAGACAGCAUUAGAGUUGGUGCGUAACGGCAAGGGCAUUCUGGCAAUCGAUGAAAGCCCUAAUAGCAUUCAGCAGAAGUUCGAGAAUUACAACAUAAGCAAUACAGCCGAAAAUAGACGCAGGUUCAGGAACAUGCUUAUUGAGACAGAAGGCAUUGAAAAGUACAUAAGCGGUGUGAUUUUGCACACAGAAACGUUUGAACAGCGAAAUGAAAAAAACAACUUAUUCGUGGACAGCCUUUUGAGCAGAGGUAUUAUGCCCGGGAUUAAGUUGGAUCAGGGGCUCGUAAAGAUUGACUACGAUGAUGUGAAAAUUAAAGUCCAGAAAAAGGCCAAAGAAAUGGAAGAGAACGUGCCCGCUGAUGUGAAGAGCUCAGUCAAAAAUGCAGGUGAUAAGGUGGUUGAUUUUAUGAAGCAGCACAGCGAGUACGCAAAAGCGAAAGUGGAAGAGCAGGAACGGCCGCUAACCGAGGAAGAGAAGGCUAAGAAUAGAGUUAAAUAUGGUGAUUAUAUAAAAAGAUCCUCAAGUGACAACGCAGAAGAGAGAUAUCAUGAGCAGAUUUCGAAGGGACUGGAAGACUUGGAAAAGACUUUGGCCAGCCAAAAGUAUAAGAAGGCGAAAUUUGCGAAGUGGAGGUCCGUUUUCACAAUCACCUAUAGGACGCCAACUUUCGAGGCUAUAGACAAGAACUGCGAUGUACUCGCAAAAUACGCGCAGCUGUGUCUAUUACACGAACUUGUUCCGAUUGUUGAACCGGAGAUUCUAUUUGAGGGCCAAUUUACCAUAGAAGCACAUUAUAGAGUGCUCAAGUACGUUUUAAGCCUCUUGGUCAACAAGUUGAACUAUUACAACGUUGAUUUGACCUGUGUGUUGUUCAAAAUAGGGUUUGUAACCGAUGGAAAGGACAGAGCAUCAGUUGAUAAGAACAGUACGACCAUGUUCACGCAGGAGGCAAUAAUGAGCAGCAUUCCACCCCAGGUACCUGGUAUUGUGUUUUUAAGUGGCGGACACACAUAUGAGGACGCGAUCGACUAUCUUAAGAUGAUCAGCAACCUCGAUUUGAAAAUGAAUUUGACAUAUUCUUACGGCAGAGCGCUUACCAGCCAUGCGAUGCAGAAGUGGAACGGAAAUGACAACAAUAUGGAAGAGGCAAGAAAGGCCUUUAUUGAGGAUUGCCAGAUAUGCAGUGAGGCGUCAAAGCAGCGAAGUAUGGUAGGACAAGGUUAACUCGCCACUUGCAUCUAUGUGAACCGAUGAGCGUUCAUGGCAAAAAAAGUAAAGUUUUAGUUUUUUACGAUAUCUAAAGCGAGGUAAUACUCGUGUUCAAGACAACCGGCAUGCUGU